AUGGAUCCGACUCGGCUAGUUUUGGCCCUUUCAAAAAAUGUCUCACCGCCAUUUGAAGACGCAUCACGAUUCUCGCAAUAUCCGAUGGAGAUUGACUAUGGCGCUCUGGUUCACCCGGCAUAUUUGGAGGGGUAUUUCUUGUUAUUUAUGCAAAUUGAAGCCAUUUUGUUUGCCUUGAUGCUCCUUACCUUUAUUCCGUUCUUGAUCAUUCUAACAACGAAACGAUUUUUCGUCUGGCUCUACUUUGCUUGUCGUCGAAAAUAUUACGUGAUAUACGGGAUUAAGAAUUCGACCAUAGAAGGAAGGUACAACACCCAAACAAACUACAAAGCUUCCAAAACCCUACUUCGCCUGGCCCCAUUCAAAGUAUUUGGCUCGGUCUCAGUAAUCCUGUUAUACCACUUUGGCAUCUCGCAUUCCCUAUUCGUCCAAACAUUCUGGACAUUUAUCUUCUUCCAUACCGUCCAGGCCCAAAUCACCAUCCAAAUGUGGCUAAUUAUCUUCCUGGAACCGCAGGCGCGACGGAAUUUUCUUCGUAAAUUUAUACUAGGCGCACAGCGCCACAGUAGCCCUCUAAGGACCGUAGAGGGCAAAUCACUGCAACAUCACCCGGAAGUCGAACGAGAGAUUCAUUUCCGGCAACUCGAGAAAUCGUGGCAA